GUGAAACUGAAAACUCUGUUGCACCGAAACAAGCUCCUGAGGAAACAAAUAAACUUCCAUCAUGUCUUUAUCAUUAUUGCCAUCUUGUCUGUGCAAACAUAUGGAUAAACCCAUGUUUUCUGCCAAGCUCAUUUUAUAGUUUUCAAAUCUCACAUGAUCAGAGUUGAGAUUAUAGAAGAGUGUCUCUCCUUUUGUUGAAUUGUCUCUGGAAAAACAAGAAAAGGGUCUGUGUCUCUCUGUUGAUUCUGGUACUUGAGCUUUGAAGAUGGCAGGAGGGUCUAUUGGGCCGGCUGGUGUGGCCAAGGAGAGGGCAGAGCAGUAUCAAGGGAGAGUCACCUGUUCUGUAAUCAUUGCAUGUGUUAUUGCUGCUGUUGGUGGCUCUCUCUUUGGCUAUGAUAUUGGGAUUUCAGGAGGAGUGACAUCAAUGGAUGGAUUUCUUAAGAAAUUUUUCCAUGGUGUAUAUGAAAAGAAGCAGCGUGCUCAUGAAAACAACUACUGCAAGUACAAUGACCAAGGGCUAUCAGCCUUUACCUCUUCUCUCUACCUUGCUGGUUUGGUUUCAUCUCUGGUUGCAAGUCCUAUCACAAGAAUUUAUGGACGUCGAAUAAGUAUAAUAUGUGGUGGUUCCAGCUUUCUUAUUGGAGCAAUCUUAAAUGCCACAUCCAUCAACCUGGCAAUGCUUCUCAUGGGUCGGAUCAUGCUUGGUGUCGGCAUUGGAUUUGGAAAUCAGGCUGUUCCACUAUACUUAUCAGAGAUGGCACCAACUCAUCUCAGAGGAGCACUAAACAUGAUGUUUCAGUUAGCAACUACCAGUGGAGUCUUUACGGCAAACAUGGUUAAUUAUGGAACACAAAAGCUUAAGCCAUGGGGAUGGAGACUCUCUCUAGGCCUAGCAGCAUUUCCAGCUGUAUUGAUGACUGUGGGAGGGAUAUAUCUGUCUGAGACACCUAAUAGUUUAAUCGAACGGGGAAUGCGAGAUAAAGGAAGAAAAGUCCUAGAGAAAAUCAGAGGAACCAAAAAUGUUGAUGCAGAAUUUGACGACAUGGUUGAUGCAAGUGAGUUGGCUAACUCAAUCAAGCAUCCAUUCAGAAACAUCCUUAUAAAAAGGAACAGGCCUCAAUUGGUUAUGGCAAUCCUGCUACCAGCAUUUCAGAUUCUGACAGGAAUAAAUUCUAUUCUCUUCUAUGCUCCAGUGCUGUUUCAAAGUAUGGGAUUUGGGCGCAAUGCUUCCCUCUACUCCUCAGCUGUGACUGGAGCGGCUCUUUGUUCCUCUACCUUUAUUGCUAUCGCAACAGUCGAUAGACUGGGCCGGAGAUUUUUACUUAUCAGUGGUGGAAUACAAAUGAUAACAUGCCAGGUAAUUGUUUCUAUAAUCUUGGGGGUGAAGUUCGGGGACAACCAGAAACUAUCUAAAGUCUUCUCGGUGUUGGUUGUCAUUGUGAUUUGCUUGUUUGUUGUAGCCUUUGGAUGGUCAUGGGGUGGGCUUGGCUGGACCAUUCCAAGCGAGAUAUUUCCACUGGAAACCCGAUCAGCUGGACAAAGCAUUACAGUAGCUGUAAAUCUUUUAUUUACUUUUGUGAUAGCUCAGGUUUUCCUAUCCCUCCUCUGUGCAUUCAAGUUCGGAAUCUUCCUCUUCUUUGCUAGCUGGAUUCUUGUCAUGACUAUUUUCGUUUACUUCUUCCUCCCUGAAACUAAGGGAGUUCCUAUCGAAGAGAUGAUAUUCCUAUGGAGAAAGCAUUGGUUUUGGAAGAAGAUAGUGCCUGGAAAUCCAAAUGAUGACACUCAAUACGAGGAAGGGAAAGGCGUCGGGCCUAAUUCAAUUUGAUUCUGAGUGUGUCAGCUCAUGCCCAUAUCCACUGUUAUGGAUAUCAGGGAAAAGAGAGGAAAAGGAUAAGGCCUGCCUAAGUUAUAAAUAAGCAUGCAAAUGACAAACGAAAAAGAGCCAUAACUGUCAGCCACAUCUUGAGUAUUUGGUUUAGGCUGUUCAAGCAAUGAAUUGAUCCCUGUGUUUUACUGAA